AUGGUGGCCUCACGAAAUGGGUCGCUGGCGGCCUCAAUCCUGCUCGCCGCAGCCAAUAUCUUAAUACCUUUGUCUAUUCUCGUCUUCGCCACUGGUUUCUUCCCGUAUAAGCCGUUUAUUCCCGGGCUGGCAGAGUUUGAGGCCCUCGAAUACGGACCUCCGCCCAAGGCUCCCUUUGAUAGACUCGUAUUCAUGGUAGUUGAUGCGCUGCGGAGUCUCAUCCGCGAUGGGAGUGCCAUUCCCUUUACUGCCAAUGCUCGGUCUCCCACCGUGACGAUGCCCAGAAUCAAGGCCAUAACGACAGGGUCUAUUCCUUCAUUCGUGGACUUGAUUCUCAACAUCAACGAGGCAGACACCUCGUCCACGCUGGCUGCGCAGGAUACGUGGCUCUCCCAACUCAAGGCAAAAGACACGGGCAAGCUGGUCAUGUACGGUGACGAUACGUGGCUUAAAUUAUUCCCCGAUACGUUUGAUCGUCAUGAUGGCACUUCAAGCUUCUUUGUUGCAGACUUUACAGAAGUCGACAAUAAUGUCACAAGGCAUAUCAAUGAUGAGCUUCAUAAAGAUGACUGGAACCUCAUGGUACUUCACUAUCUCGGCCUCGACCACAUUGGCCAUAAAUCAGGACCUCGCAGCAGCCACAUGCCAGCCAAGCAGCGUGAAAUGGACGGCAUCGUCCACCAACUGUUUGAUGCGUUGGAAACGCAGCGCCACCUCCAAUCAACUCUAAUCGUCCUCUGCGGUGACCACGGCAUGAACGACGCAGGAAAUCACGGCGCCUCAUCCCCAGGAGAAACAUCACCCGCUUUAGUAUUCAUGUCACCAAAACUCAAGGAGAUUUCGCCUAAAUACUCUGCCCCCGCACAACCCAAGAACGAAUUCGAUUAUUACUCCACGGUAGAGCAGUCUGAUAUCGCGCCCACGCUCGCUGCUCUCAUGAGAUUUCCCAUUUCAAAAAACAACCUCGGGGCAUUCAUCCCGGAAUUCUUGCCCUUUUGGCCGCGUUCCAGCGACAAGGUGCAGAUCCUCAUUCGCAACGCCAGACAAAUCCUCAACAUUGUCACCGCGGCGUUUGGGAGCGAACUCUUUGACGCCCAAUCACCUGUCGACCCCUGUGCUUCCAAAUCCGCAACAGACGUCAGCAAACUAGCUUGUGAAUGGCGCAAAAUCAACUCGGAAGCAGCUCACCAGGCCAAUGCCAAUGAGGUUGAUAAAGAAUGGCUCUCGGCUACGUCUGCCUGGAUUCGUGAGGCUCAAGAUCUCAUGAGCAGCAUGGCGUCAAACUACGACAUGUCGAGGCUAUCGCUUGGCCAGGGCCUUUCAGUUGCUGCCGUGGUUGCUAGUAUAGCCAGCUUGGGAGUACAGGGCUUCAGGAAGGCGGGACAUGUGCUUCCGCUCUUUUUACUCGCAGCGUCCUAUGGCCCUAUGAUGUUUGCUAGUAGUUAUGUUGAAGAGGAACACCAUUUCUGGUACUGGGCAUCCACCAUCUGGCUGGCCUAUCUCGGCGCCAAACAAGUCCAACGGUCCUCGCGCAUCUUCUCAGCAGCAAGCCACAUAACCGCCCUCGCCGCCCUCAGACUCAUCCGAAGCUGGAACCAAACCGGCCAGAAAUUCGCCGGCGAGCCAGACACCGUCAAGACCUUUCUCAUUCCCAACCCCGAGCUGCUAUGGGUCAUCAUCACUCUGACUUACGUCGUGGUCACUUUGCAAACUCUGCAGAGCUUGUCGUCGGCUGGCUUGCCCUUCAUCUUGACGACUUUUGUAGUGCCGCUCUUGUUUUCGGCUACUCUUGCCUUUAAACUGGCCUUCACUGCGGAAGAUGCCCCUGAGUUGGUUGUUGGGUUUGCACACAGGCUCCUCGAUAUCCUCCAGGGCCCAUCCCUCAUCUUCAGAGCGAGGAUCAUCUUUGGAUUACUCGCAGCCUUGUUCAGCUUUGCCGUAUACCGAGCAAAAACCGGAGGACCCCAAACAACUCAAUCAGCCGCUCAUCUAACGCACCACCUCAUCACCCUCCUCGCAAUGACCCAAUCCCGCGCCACAAACAUCCCCCUCUUCCUCCUCUCCACCCUCAUCCUCCGCACCCUCCAAUCCACCACCCUCUCCAUCGCCCAAAUCACAACCUCGUCCAUCCUGCUCCAAUACGCAACCUUCUUCGCCUCCGGCGGCUCCAACGCAAUCUCCUCCGUCGACCUCUCCAGCGCAUACAACGGCAUCAGCGGCUUCAACGUCGUCGCCGUCGGCGUCCUCACCCUCGUGAGCAACUGGGCAGGGCCCAUAUUCUGGACGUCGGCUACGAAUUUGUUGUUGCUGAGGGAGUAUCGCCUGCGUGGCCGGGCGGAUGCAUUUCGCUAUCAUCUCAUCUUGUUGACGGCCUUUGCGGCGAUGAGCGUGGCGUUUGUCAUUGCGGCGUGCACGGCGCUGCGAACGCACUUGUUCAUCUGGACCGUGUUUUCGCCAAAGUACUUGUACUGCAUGGCGUGGAGCUUGGGGCAGCAUUUGUUGAUCAAUGUGGCUUUUGGCGGCUUGUUAUUCUGGAUAGGUACUUGAGCUGACCAAGGUGAUUCGUCCUUAAACAUAAUAUGUAUUUAUGCUUGAAUUUAAAUCGUGUAAUAAACAAAAGAUGUAAUUGCAUCAUUGACAUCGUAAAGAAGCAUAGCUAUAUUCCCAAAGCACCACAUAUGUACCUCUCCAAAACAAGCACCUUUCCCAAGCCAAUUUGUUUUCGUGAGACGUUAUCCAUUUAUCCCUUGCCACUCCUUUAAUACACAUCUUCCAUCUUGGUGUCCUCAUCAGACAGUUCUACUAGCGAAUUGUCGUCUCUGUGCUCUGGUAUCACCGUCCCUUCAUCAUCACUGCUCUCCUCCUUUUUGAUCUUGGGUGUGCCUCUUGUUCUCGAGGACUUUACUACUGGCUCUUCUGCCUCCUCAGGCUCUUCCGCUUCCUCUGCCUCCUCUGCUUCAGGCUCUGGUUCCUCUGGCUCUUCAGCUUCAGCCUCUUCAGCCUCUUCCGGCGUGCUGCGUUCUGCAGUUUCAGAUGUGCUACGGCCGUCACGGUUCAGCGCUGGCCGCUGUUCUUCAAGGCUGUUGACAAUCUUGCCCAGGCUGACGUGAAUCUUGUACAGCGCAUUGCGGCCGGUAGUAUCAGUCACAAGGCCCUCCUCGACAGC